AGACGAACUUUUUUUUAGAAGAACGCAUGGCUUUUUUGUAAAUAAAAGGUUAAAGAUCUGAAAAAAUGGUUCGAAAAUUGAAAUAUCAUGAGCAAAAGUUGCUGAAAAAAGUUGAUUUUAUUUCAUGGAAAGCAGAUAAUAAUUUACACGAAGUAAAAAUCUUGAAGCGUUACCGGAUUCAGAAGAGAAGUGAUUACACAAAGUACAACCAAAUUUCACGUCAAAUUCGAGAAAUCGGUAAAAAGAUCAAGGAACUCGAUCAGGAAGACCCCUUUCGUGCAGAGCAAAGCGCUCUUUUGCUGGAAAAAUUGUACAUGAUGGGUCUAAUUCCCACAAAAUGGGACUUAUCUCUCUGUCAAAAGGUGAACGCAAGUUCCUUUUGUCGACGACGCCUGCCAGUCGUAAUGGUUCGAAGUAAGAUGUGUGAAAAUUUAAAAAUGGCAACUCAAUUGAUCGAGCAAGGUCACGUACGAGUUGGAGCCGAAGUAGUUAAAGAUCCAGCAUUUCUAGUAACUAGAAACUUGGAAGACUUUGUGACUUGGAUCGAUACCUCCGCUAUUAAGAAACAUAUAAUGGCGUAUAAUAAUGCGAGAGAUGACUUCGAUGCUAUGUAAAUGUAAGAAAUUUCAAUCAUUUUGUGCAAAGAAGGAAACUUUGUAUUCACUUUUUUUUAUUGUAUGAAAUAGGUUUUGUAAAUAAAUUUUGGAAUUUGACUGCUAAGU